GGCACGGACAACGGCGAGCCGACCAAUUAAGACUAGAUGCGCAGCGAGCGUUGAGCGACGCCGUCUGGAAAGGCUACCGAGGGGAAUAGAGUUUACGACAGACAGGCGCGUGGGAGGGUUCCAACCGCGACCUCAACGUCCACUGCAGGACCGUUCGGCAAUCCACCAAUACAUGCGACCAAGCUCGAUAUGGCCGCCGUUCCCACCAGAUCCUCACUGUUUGCCCGCGUCUCAUUUCGCGCGCGUUGCACGGCCGUCAGGAGAGGCACGGCCCCUGCCAAUGGCAUGCUCGCCAAAUUCAAGUCUUUGCCCUGCCGUCUCUAGCCCCUUGGUACCUUUCCUGCUGCUGCGGCCAGGCUCAGAAAAUCGGCUUUCAAGGCUGAAGCAAGCGCAUGCUUUUUGCCUCCGACUCUCUGCCUCGUGCUACAGCACUGCCAUUGGCAGCGGUCUCCGAUUUUCUGAAACGUUAUGCGCCCUGGUUAAGAGCCUCAAGUCCCGUCGCGUGCACCCGCCGGCGGACAUCUCAAUCUCUUCGUGUCAGGAACAGAUAGCGUAUCCGUCGGCAUCCCCUGCCCAUACAUCCGACUCGUCAGGCAUCAGGCGCGUCGCACCGAGUCUAGCAGAUAAAGCGCCACAGACACACAUAUAGCUCGAGUCUUAUCGAUGAGGUAAGCAGGGCAAUUGAAGUGUUCAUUUGUUUCUCAUUUGGUAUUCGUAUGAUAUGCAGAAUGACCCCAGCCCCGUGACUUCCCACG